AUGGUGAAAAAUAAUCUUGACGAGUUAUCUGCGCAUAUUUUAGAUAAGGAUUUUGUAAAAAUUUUUCAACCGGUGCAUUUAAUACAAUAUGUACUUGGGUCAUUAUAUGUAAAAAUUCAAUAUGGCUUCGCUACAAAAUCAUCUUCCAGAUACAAUGUGUUUAGUUUUUUUGUUUGGAUUAUUCAUAUACUGUCAUUGACGAUAUUCGUAACAUAUUGUGAGGCGACGAGCGAUUCUAUGCUGACUGACUUUUAUCUAAAACUCUAUCAUAUAUUGAAUGGGUCAAUUAUAGUGAUUAUCACAAUUAAGAAUUUUUGCAAGGGAAAUUUAAACAGUGAGUUAUAUGUGAAAUUACAAAAAAUCGAUAGGGAUAUUAAUAUGAAAGAUGCAAGGAAAAGUAAUAAGCGUAUGUUCAUAUUCUCGACAAUUGUAGUGGUGAUAAGUGUCGUUUUUACCAUUAUUUGGGCGAUAGUUCUUAAUAAGUAUAUCAUGGAAGGAUUUUGUCCCGUUGCUUUUAUGGUACAACUUCCAGUUUUGAGUAACUACAUGGAUAUUAUUUUAAUAGCCUACAAAAUGUAUUUUAUGGUGAUAAGAUUUGAAUACAUAAAUUCAAUGUUGAAAGAGAAAUUACAUAGCAGCACUGGCGAUACUCAAUGUACAAUCAAGCCUUUUGUAGUGAAUGACGGUAAUUCUGACCACGACGACAAAUUAUGGAACCGUCUCGUAUUAACUGCACAUGAUACAAUUACUGUGUGGAAAGAACUAUUUAGUAUUCAUCAAAUUACGAUACCCAUAAAUAUUUAUUCAGUCGCAAGCGUGGUACCAUUGAUAAUGAGUCUGUUCUUUAUAGUGUUACUGUGCGUCAUGGCGGAACUGCUAAACGCAAAGAUGGAAAAUUCGAGAAAACUUUGCGCCAAUAUUUUGUGCUUUAGUACUAGGACAUCUCGGCAUAAUAUCAAGCGUUUAUUAUUACUGCUGGAAAUAGAAAGAAAAAUAUCUAUUUACGACAUAUAUAUAUUGGACGCUCAGCUACCGUUCAAUCUGUUCGCUAUCACCGCAACAUACACAAUAGUUCUUCUGCAGUUUGCUUUGAUAUAA